AUGUCACCUAUCGGACCACACUUUCCAUUUGUGACAUAUCCAUCACAAGGCCACAUCAACCAGUCUCUCGAGCUUGCCAAACGCCUCGCCAGAACCAUCACCAGAGCUCGAGUCACCUUCACCGCCCCCAUCUCCGCCUACGACCGCAGUAUGUUCUCCAAAGAAAACUCCCCUGAAACCCUAAUAUUCGCUACUUACUCCGAUGGACACGACGACUGCUUCAAAUCCUCUACUUCUUCUGAAAAAUCUCGCAAAGACACAGCCGGACAAUACAUAUCUGAGAUGAGACAACGUGGCAGAGAAACCCUAACCGAACUAAUCAAAGAUAGCAGGCGUCAAAACCGGCCUUUCAUUUGCGUGGUUUACACCAUGGUCCUCCUCACUUGGCUGAGCUGGCGCCCAGUAACUAUCUUCUUCAUCUUCAACUACUACUUCAACAGCUACACAGAUGCAAUCUCAGAGAUUGUUACUAAAACAACCGUUCUGGUUCUAUUAAAUUACCCUCUCUGCCACUGUUCCGUCUCCAUGAUCUUCCUACAUUCUUCGUUCCGAAAAAUGCAUAUUCGUUUCUUCUGCCGGCAUUUCAAGAGCAGAUCGAGAAACUGA